AAACUAGUAUUUACCAUGGAUGGAUGGUUUUGGUCUAGUGCCAUAGUGGCCUUUGUGGGGUUGAUAGGUUUGCUUUUGUAUUUGAUUAUAUCCCACUUCAUGCCUUUGUAUUUGAAGCUUGGGGUUGCUCCAAAGGGAAGCUUUGGGUGGCCUUUGGUUGGUGAAACCUUGAGUUUUCUAAGCCCACAUGCUUCAAACACUCUUGGAAGUUUUCUCCAGGACCAUUGCAAUAGGUAUGGUAAAGUGUUCAAAUCUCAUCUGUUCUGUUCCCCCACUGUUGUCUCAUGUGACCAGGAGCUGAACAAUUUCAUACUCCAAAAUGAAGAGAAGCUAUUCCAAUGCAGCUAUCCAAAGCCCAUCCAUGGGAUAUUAGGAACAUCCUCCAUGCUUGUAGUCGUUGGAGACACACACAAGAGGCUGAGGAGCUUGGCACUGACACUAGUCAGCACCACAAAAUCAAAGCCUGAGUACCUCAAUGAUAUAGAAAGAAUAGCAAUCCAGAUCAUGGAUGCAUGGAAAGACAAAAAAGAAGUUAUCUUCUGUGAAGAAGCUAGAAAGUUCACGUUCAAUGUGAUAGUAAAACAAGUUCUUGGGUUGACACCAGAAGAGCCUCAAACUUCAAAAAUACUGGAAGAUUUCCUCACUUUCAUGAAAGGACUCAUCUCCUUUCCACUAUAUAUUCCAGGCACUCCAUAUGCAAGAGCUGUUCAGGCUAGAGCAAGAAUAUCUUCCACAGUGAAAGCUAUAGUUGAAGAGAGAAGAUCAAAGGGAGAGAACUCUGCUGGUAAUAAGAAAAGUGAUUUCCUUGAAAUACUACUAUCAGCAAAUAGCCUGUCCGAGGAUGAAAGGGUGAGCUUUGUACUGGACUCUUUGUUGGGUGGGUAUGAAACCACCUCCCUCCUCAUGGCAUUGGCAGUUCUCUUCUUGGGUCAAUCACCAGCUGCUCUACAACAACUGAGGUCAGAGCAUGAAAGUAUAAGAAAUGUGAAAGGAAAAGAAGAGUACUUGAACUGGGAUGACUAUAAGAAAAUGGAGUUUACUCAACAUGUCAUUAAUGAAGCUCUCAGAUGUGGGAACAUAGUCAAGUUUGUGCACCGAAAGGCCCUCAAGGAUGUCAGAUUUAAAGAUUAUUCAAUUCCAUGUGGAUGGAAGGUCCUCCCAGUUUUCAGUGCUGUACAUCUAGACACAUCUCUCCAUGGAAGUGUCCUUGACUUCCAUCCUUGGAGAUGGGAGAAUCAGAGCCAGAGCACAUGCAAGAUUUUUACUCCAUUUGGAGGAGGACCUAGAUUCUGCCCAGGCUCUGAACUUGCCAAAGUAGAAACUGCAUUCUUCCUUCACCAUCUUGUACUCAAUUUCAGGUGGACCACUGAAGGCGUUGACCAGCCCAUGGCCUAUCCGUACGUUGAAUUUCAUAGAGGAAUGCCGCUAAAGGUUGACCGGUUGGGUUGACAGAAGGCUACUAUAAUGGUUGUCAGCUGUAGCUGUACUUCCACCCCAGCACUUCUUUUGUUGAAGUCUGUGGUUGAAUUGUAAUUUUCGUUAGAUAUGAGGGUUAAGUUGUUCUAAUAGAAAUCCUUUCUUUCGUCGUUAA